GCUGGUAAUUAGCAUUCAGCCGCCAGUUGGAAGAAUCCCCUAAAGCCCCAAAGCUCGUGCCAGCAGCAACAAGUGGAUGCCAAACGGUUACACCACCAUUUUGACCGUGCAAACAGUUCAGUUCCACAGUAAAUCCAGAGAACAGCCGAUUAUGGCAGAUAGCCUGACCGCAAGCUUGCGAAGCCGCAACCGCGAAAAGUCAAUCAAAAGCAGUGACGAUAUCGGAAGCCGGACUACGCGGAUUAUCGACGAGGAAACAAGCGAAGCGAACAUUAAUAACCAGCACAUUGACAAUACCCAGCAGACCAUGAUGACAUCCGGAAAGGAAGGUCAGGACUUGAUGUCCAGUCGACGCACAGUUAGCGAAAGCUCCUCGGAAGACCCUGGACGUGAAGGAAUCAACGCAUCAAACGGCAACGGAAUGUGGCGCAAUGAGCUAAAGAUUAGCGCCGAAAGUUCCUCUGCACAGCCUGAGAAGCAGCAACAGCAGCAGGUGCAACACUCUAGUUUACGACACCGAAAUGAGAGAUUUGGUGAUAUGGUUGACGUAGUUCUUCGGAUUGUCCUCGUCGCUUUAUUUUUCAAACUGGAGACUAUGUGGGCGUUCAAGCGGGAAAUACACGCUGAGGAGCUAUGGCUGUACAAGAAUCCGAGGCGUCCGGAUAUCGUCAAGGGCGGGGAGCUGCUCUUCUGGGUGAUUGUGGCUCCGCUGAUUGUGACCGUUGUCUUUUAUGUGAUUACGAAGGAUAGGCGAGACUUUCGAGCCGCCAGCUGGGCCUGGACCCUGGCCCUGUGCAUGAACGGCCUUCCCACUAGUUUGCUGAAAAUCACAGUCGGCCGACCCAGGCCAGACUUUUUCUAUCGUUGUUUUCCCGACGGCGUAAUGGUGUUGAACUCGUCGAGCAUCUCGGAUGGCAGUUCCAUUUUGGAUUUCAAUUGCACUGGGAUUGCGAGCGACAUAAACGAAGGACGUAAAUCCUUUCCCAGCGGACAUUCAUCCUUUGCCUUUGCCAGCUUUGGAUUGAUUGCCUACUAUGUGGGUGCGAAGCUGCAUGCUUUUGAUGCCCGAGGACGCGGCCACACCUGGCGCCUGUGCAUUGCUGUCAUUCCGCUGAUCGUCGCCACUCUGGUGGCGGUUAGUCGCACCUGCGACUACCACCACCACUGGCAGGAUGUGACUGUGGGUGGCAUCAUUGGCCUCCUCACGGGCUAUAUCAGCUAUAGACAAUAUUAUCCAUCCAUUUUUGGGCCCCAGGCAGGCAAGCCGUCGAUCCGUUGGCCCAGGACACAGGGAAAUAAAUAUGAUACGCAGAGAAACGCAGAUGAUAAUGGGGCUGGCGGGGAUAUGCUACGCAGGCCACUGCUCGGUGGCAAGGAACAAGCCAAAUGGUACUAAAUCUACUUAGAAUUGCAAAGCUUUACGUAUUAUGUAGUUCAAUUAUUGCUCUUCCCCUAAGCUCUUUUAAAUUAUGUUUAUCAAGCCAUCAACACUGAAGCUGUAUUCCCGUAAGCCUGUAAUUAUUGUACACAUAAUUGUUAAUCCUGAAAUAGACAGACACGCAGCUGUGCUGUGCAUGGGAGGGAGGGUUGUUUACCUCUUAAUGGGUAGGUGUAGUCAUAUUUAAAUAAAUAAAAAACAAAUCACGUCAUUUGCUAA